UUUCGUUUUAAAUAAAAACAAUCGCAUAAGACGAUGCGAAAAGUGAAGGCAGGGUAAAAAAACACACAUUUGAAUGGGACGAUAUUACCACAUUUAGGAACCGAAGGGUGAUCUUGUGCCCUAGACAGUGAGUAAUGUCGUUGCACGCCGGAAUUCCAGGGUUAGGAUGGUCCAGGAAAGAAAAAUCCUUCAAUUCAUGGCGUGAGAGUGUACUCCAACAUUCAAAACAUAAAGAUGAAAACAAAACAUUACAUAAUCCGAUUGCAAAUCAACAAACGGAGACCAGGAAAGCAAGCAAGGAACGGGAUGAUGCCCAAGCUGAAAAAGAUGAUGCACUUCGGAGUGAACAUAAACAAUCAGAAUAUAUGGAAGAAAACGAAAUAAUAGAUAAUCGGAUUGAAAAUCUACAAACGGAAAUCAGGAAAGUAAGACAGGAAAGAGAUUAUGUCCAAGCUGAAAGAGAUGAAGCACUUCGAAGGUUAAGUGAACUUGUCUCGGUCCAACUCCGCGAUAACAACCCGAAUAUCGUGGACCUUAGUGACGUCUACAGGCCAACAAAACUUGCUGAAAUGUUUAGUGAGCUUUAUGACAACGAAUGGACAGCCGCUUAUACGGUUAUGGAAGAAACUGGCUUUACGGAAAGACAAAUAAUAGAUUUUCUAUUGGACGUCAUUAUGGAGGCAUACACCUUUUGCAAAGAAGAACUUGACAAAUGCUGGAGAGUCGUAUUGAAAUGGUUCCUUGACGAUAGAUCGCCAAGCGCUCAACAAACACGAAAGGCACUUAAGGAUGGGCGAAAGGUUCUAGUUGUAAAACAUGUACCCGAAAUUCAACAGGAGUUCACUACGUAUUUGUCAUUGAUGUGCCACAACGAAGUAUUAAAAACUUUACUGAUGAAAAAAGAGGUGCAAGAUUACUUCCAUGUUUGCAUAAAGAUUUCCUUGCUCAUGAAUGCAAACGAUCCACCUCCCUUUCUUGAAUGCUGUGGCUGGAAACCGUUUAAGGAGCGAGAUGGCGUGAAUGAAGCGGUAGGUAGCGAAUAUUCUCGAUCGCCUGUCCAACAAAGCGAACUUACGGAAUGGGAUAAACAGCCUUUUGGACCAGAUAAAGAAAAAGCAACAAACAACACACUUGAAAAUAAUGAUUUGCUACAAGCCAGUCAAACUUCAUAUCCCUUCGAUAUUGCCGAAGCAAAUAUAGAGAAGAGAGAAACGUUUGAAAAGAAUGUAUACAAGGAGUAUACGAAUAGAGGUCAAUAUGUAGAGUUUUCUGUGUGGCCUGCAAUGUAUUUACAAAAAGGCGAGAUUUUGAGUAAAGGCAUAGCUCAAGGCUCAAAUAGCAACAUGUUUGAAAGCAGUGACAAAUCUUGGGUUUGGUGGAAAUCUUUUAAAAGGGAUGAUCCGUUAAAAGCAAUGGCAACAACAGCAAAAAACCUAGUAGUCUUUGUUGUGAAAAAAGUGGGUGUCUGUCGGGAGAUAAACAACCGCCAUAUCUUCAAUUACUUUAGAAGGGGGACGAAGCUGUCAAGUUGUAAUUUACUUCCUCUUUCGAUUUACUCAAUGGGAACGGCAGGGCACAAAUACCAGAGAGUUCCCCUUUCCGAAACGGGUUCAACAGGGGACAUGAGGAUCAGACGCUAUGUUUGCAAAUGUUAUCAAGGUGUCCUUUUUGUUUAUGAAAGUGCCAAAAAGACUUGGGACAGAGGACUGCCUCUGAUUGACUGCUUGGAGGGCUUUGCGUUUAUUUUUUGCUGUGGUUGUUUAACAAAACUCUGGAAAUAUUUGAGUAGACGCUAUGCCAAGUCCGACAAACCUUCCUACAAAUGGGAAAACACAGAACUACACUCUAUCAAGUCCGAAAGGGGCUUGACCAGUUUCGAAAUAUUAAGUAUGCAGUUACAACUGGAUCAGAAAGACAAUGAGAUACAUGAUCUAAAAGAGAACGUUCGAAAACUUGCACAAGACAAACGUCAGGCAGAGAUGGAAAAGCAAGAUGCUCUUACUAGAUUGAGCGAGGUUAUCUCAGUAAAGCUCAGGGACAACAAUCCAAAUAUCGCGGAUUUAAAUGAUCCGUUCAGACCCACAAAGCUGGCUGAGAUGUUUAGUGAGCUGUAUGACAAUGAAUGGACUGCCCUUUACACAGUAUUGGAGGAAUAUGAAGUCAAGAACAAACACACGAUAAAUUUUCUUCUCGAUGUUUUUAUGGAAUCAUUUGCAUUUUGCAAUGCGGAACUUGAAACCAACUGGCAGUUAGUUGCAGCAUGGUAUUUGGACGAGAAUUUACCCAACAGCCAGUCUUUGAAAAAGGCGUUAAAAGAUGGUAGGAAGUCAAUGGUUCCUCGCCUCCUUACUGAAAUGGAAAAGAAAUUUGAUACCUAUCUUUGUGGUUUCUGCAAGAACGCAAGUCUCCGGCCCGUUUUGACAAGUGGUAAAAUGAAAGAGUACGUAUCCAGUUGCGUAAAGUUGAGUUUGCUGAUGAGCGCGAGCGAUCCACCGGUAGUCGUUGACUGUCCUGGCUGGGUGCCAUGCACACCAGACUACCAGUCGGAACAGGAUGAACACUCUGGUGUAUUUGGACAAACUAAUGUCAACGCUGAAGGUGAUGAGAGAAACAAGAAUAGUACGUCGGAUCUUAAAGAGAGGCGGAAUUUCAACAAAGAACUGUUCAAAGAAUACACUGUUCGAGGGAAUUACGUGGAAUUUUUCGUGUGGCCAGUGAUGUUUCUGCACGAGAACGGGCCGGUGUUGACCAAGGGGAUUGCUCAAGGUGCCGAAGACAAAAUAAUAUCAGAUGAUGACCACCGAUGGGAGUGGUGGAAGACGACCAAUAACCUUAUAAACAAUGACUAAUUGGUAGAAACUAAUUGACCCAAAAUUAGCAUACACAUUGCAAAAUAUUGAAAGGAGAUGAUGAAAGAAUAUGUAUCCUAAGCGCCAACUUAGAAGACGUGUUUAACUGUAACUGGCACAAUAUAGUUUCACAAAAUAUUUACAGACUAAAUACAUAUGAUUGAAUAGUUGUCUUGUAUCAUAUGAGACAUACUAGAACUACACUAAUGAAUUAGUUCAUGUAAAAAUAUUAAAGAGGAGUACUUUCAAUUUGUCAAAACUUGACUUUAAUGCUUACUUAUUCAAUAAACGCUGAACACGUGUUCUUAAAA